GCCUCAGACCAACUUUCUCUCCUUCCCCCACCACCUCCACAGCGUCCGUCGCCCAGCUCAAGGCCAAGAUAGUGAGAAUAAGAAAUCCCUCAGUUUUUGGCCGUCUUUCUGACCUUUUUUAAUUAGAUUUGGGCGCAUAGAUCCAGCCUUAGGCUUUAACUAUUUGCCACAAUAGGUUCGGCCAGUUCUUUGACCUGGUAACCAACUCUAGCAAAGAGGCUCAAACGCAUCGGGUUUUAAACCCCAUAAAUACGCCUCAUCCAGUGCCCCGAAAUGGCCGCUUCCCCCCUCCCGAGAAGUACUUCCUCCACCCAGGUCCUCACUGAAUCCCCCAUCGCGGGCAAUCUCAGAAUCCACGCGUCCUCUCCUGCUCUCAAGAGAAAACGUAGUCUAUUGUCUAACAAACGGACCGCCACGCCAUCGCUUCCAUCGUUCCCUUCCCAACCGCCAUACCAUUUCAACUUGUCUGAUAUGCUUAGCUCUCCGGUUCCUGAGAUUCCUGAGAUUCCUCCCUGUCCCCCUUCUCCUGUACCGACCGAGAUCAUCGAAUUGGAGCCAUCUCCUGACGUAGAUCACGUCGACGCCUGCGUCGAGAAUGGAAUCAAAGUCCGUGACUUUGCCUAUGAGAACCUUCCCGACUCUUGUGUCAUUGCCCAUGUCUGGCGGAAUCCUAUCAAUAUACUCGCGAUCCACGACAGGGGAAUCCGUCGGCCCUCACGUCACGCAAGGUACAGACUCGAUGGGAUGAACUUGUACAGGCUUCUGGAGAGUGGUUGGGUCACGGAGAAGGAGGCCAAGAUGUAUUGGCAGAAGGCUGAUUGGGAAGCCAUGGAACAGUACAAGGCAAGACCGGGUCGUGCACAGGUUCUUCUCAUGUCGCCUGAGCGUGAGAAGCCAACCAAGAGGUAUCGACUUUUGGUGAUGAAAGCGAACGAAGAUCCUGAUCGCGAAAUCCCGGAUUCAGAAAUAUGGAUGCCUGACGACGAGCCUGGUAUGUGGGAUGGAGAGGGAGAUACAGUAAUAGGCAAAAAAUUGCCUGAACCACUCCGUCCAGUGCACGCUGACCCUCAGGACGCGCAUAUAGCCAAGAAGCGCAAGUUGGAUACAGGAGCGGAGCCUUCUUCUCUCGAUACCGAAAUCGUACCCGGGGCAGCAAAUGAGGGAGAUGGAGAGAAGGCUAUGGAAAUUGACACCGAUGAACCCCUUGAGAUCCCUCAACGCCCCCUCAGUCCAUGCGGGAGUGAAGCCGAACUUGACAUAUCUCAGGAUUCAAAUUACCACAUUCGGACUUUCUAUUAUAAUGAAGGACUUGAGGACUCUACGCCACCUGCGACCCCGAUUAUUCCUGAUGCCCCGCUCCACCGUUCCGCCGUGUCGUCCCAGGUGUCGAUGUUACCACAGCCUCAGGCUCGUUGGCCGCCGCUAUCUCAACCUCCGCAUCGAAGAAUCGGAAGGCAAGCCACGGUUAUCCUUACCUAAUCCUGUAACCAUCGGUGCCUCUCCGCCUCACAUUUCUAUUCUCGCCGUUCUCUCUAUCUUCGUUUAUUUGUUCACCGUCUUUCAUCAAUUCCUAUCAUACCUUCAUACAUCAUACCUCCUGAGAUCCCAAGUUCAAGUUGUAUCAAUACCUUCGGACCAUCAAAUCAGUGUUUUUAGUAUCAGUGCGGAAAUCAAUGGUCCUACUCAACUUAUUAUUCACUCAAUUAUCAUCCUUCUUCACCAGUUGGUAGUGUCGAUGGCAUUGUCUCUGUUGUUGCUGUUGCUGUAUUUUACCCUUAGAUGUCUUUGAUCGUGAAUUUGUAACUUUUCAGCUGCUGGUUGGGCCGCAGUUCGAUGUUUGGGGCGGUGCAAGCUUAGGUGCAUUAUUUCAAACCG